UCAUAAAUUGCCUGCUAAAUUAUUAGAUGUUGGGACCAGAUAUUUGGAGCAUUCAAUGGCCGAGCUUCUUGAAGGUCUUCAGGACAAGAAUGGUCAUGCAAUUGGGGCCUCAAAGACCAGUGAUCAAAAUCAGGAAAAACCUGUGACCCCUGAAACGAAGGUGCGCACUAAGGCAGAUCAAUUCCAGGAAGCUUUAAGUACUGCAGCUGCAAAUAAGAGGGAGAUCCUCUUCACAACAUCUAAAGAGACAGGAACUAGAUACCAUGUGAGGUUGCUACAAGUUAUGCAGACUGAAAAGGAAAGACAUGUAGAGUUUUGGAAACAGUUACAGACAGGAGCCCAUUCACCCAACAAAGUGAGAUGCAUUGAUGUGAAAAUAUUGUCAAGUUGCUUGGAUGCAAAGUUGACGGUUUGCCAUUGAUCCCUUGGUGAAAACAAUGAGAUAAACAAAUGUACAGAGAACACCCAAAAGAUUAUGGAAAAAGGAAAAAAGGAAGAGACAAUCAUCUUCAGCCCGAUCAUAUGUGGUAAUGUGGAGCUCGAGGUGGAAAACCUGAUAUGCAUUCACCCUCCAUGGAA